AUGGUGCGGGUGCUCAAGGCCACCCUGGAAGAACGGAUCGGGAAGAACCUUCCCGUCGACCAUCCUCUCUGGACGUGGCUUCCGCGCCACGCAGCAGCCUGUUUGAGCAGGUACAGAAUCGGGUCGGAUGGCCGGACAGCAGAGCAGCGCAGGACAGGCAGAGCUUGGGCCAAGGCAGCGGUCGAGUUUGGAGAAAGGAUCCAUGCUCGACCAGCAGUGGCGCAGGAACCCAGGAGCGGGUUCGCGCCGAAAAUGGUCGAAAGCAGGUACGUGGGUCACCAAUCCCGUACAGGAAGCCUUCUCGUGAUGACCGAGACGGGCGUGAUACGCGGCAAGGCAUUCAACAGGAUGCAGGAGGACGAAAGGUGGACCAGCGAGGGGCUGGACGACCUCAAGGGGGUACCAUGGCAGAUGGUACCGCCGGCUGCGGGUAGCACCGCGCCGGCGCCGGCUGCGGGCAGCUCCGCGCCGGCGAGGGCUCCGCCACUUGCGGCGGGAGCAGAGGCAGCCGCGGAAGCUGCGAGACCACCGCCUGCGCCACACCCGCAACGGAGGUGGGUAGAAGCGCAGCAGGCACGCAGGGGAGCUGAGGUGCCCGCGCCGCCCGCGGGCGGCUCCGCGGCGGACGCGUCGGGGGCGCCUGGACAAGCGGGGGUCCUGAGGGGACCCCCAGGGCUGGCAGAAGGGCGGCCAGCAGCCAAAAGGAGGGUGGACCAGAUGCCGACGGCACUGGAUCGCGCGGCGCGGAAACGACCGCCCGAAGAUCCACCCGACGAUCCAAGGCUAGAGACGGCGGACGACGACGUGAUCGUGCCGCCAGCGGUGCAGGCUCAGGCAGCAGCAUCAGCAGGAGCGAGCGCAAGCUCGUCGGCAGUGCCGGCUGCGGGUAGCCCCGCGCCGGCGCCGGCUGCGGGAAGUUCCGCGCCGGAGGGGCCAGAUGUGGCCAUGGGAAGCUUCUCAGCAAGAAAAGAGGAGCUCAGACGCAUGUACGAGAGUAGGAUCGUUGAGGCCUAUCGUGCAAACUGCGUCGACUUGUCGUCGUCUGAGCUGGAUGACGUCACCCAGAUGGCUCUAGAGCUAGGAGCCGUUGAGGUGCCAGACGCGUACCCUGGAGAGCACGCGGGUCGUAGCACACCUGCCGGCAACGUAGGAUUGAGGCCCGGCGUGUGCAUGAACAUGGAGUGCCCACGGCCUGAUGGUACGAAAUGGGAUUUCGCUCGAGAGGAACAUGUCUCUGAGUGGUUCGAGACCCUGGAGCGCGAAGAUCCCUACAUCGAAGGAGACGGCCGCAAGCCCUUCGUACGGACCCAGACGAGCUUCAUGACCAACCUUCCAGAGCUGGCCGCAGAACUGCGCAAGCAGAGUGCUGGCGGGAAAGGCGGCGGGCAGCCCCGCGCCCAGGAGACACGGGUUACGGUGAGACUGGAAGGUGGCCUCGUACGGAGGUCACACAUGCUCACCCCGGUGCUGACGCAAUGCGUUCUUCGAGCCAUUCGUGAAAGCAUGGGUGCUGACGGCGAGAUGUCCGAUCUGGCCGCAGCAACAGCAGGCCCUGUGCCGGUCGGCCCAGAGCCCUUCGAAGCAGGCAGGGAAAACCUGAGCGAUGACGAGCGCUAUUGGGACGACGUGAACGGAGUGUGGCUGGACCCACAGAUGGUUCAAGAAGCACGGCGGCUAGAAGUAGAGUGGCUGCACAAGCUGGACGUCUACGAGAAGAGGACAAUAGAGGAGUGCAGGAGCGUCACAGGACAACCGCCCAUCAAGUUGAUGUGGAUAGACACCAACAAGGGCGACCACGAGAAACCGAACUACAGGUCGCGGAUUGUCGUGCGAGAGAAGCGCGGCAAGGGCGAGGAAGGACGAAAACUACCAGCAACACUUCUCUUUUCAGCAAUGCCACCGUUAGAAGCAGUCAAAAUUCUCGGCGGCAUGAUGGUCCAAAGGCGGAGGUCCAGUAGGAACCGGCCUCUGGCCAUGAGAUUAUUUGACAUAUCCCGGGCCCUUUUCUAUGGGAAGGCGGAGAGGGCGGUGUAUAUAAAGUUGCCUGACACCGAAGCAGAUGGCGUACACUGUGGUCUUCUUAAGAAAAGUAUGUACGGCACACAGGACGCAUCUGCAAUAUGGCAACGAGAUUACACCGCAGUCAUGGAAGCAGACGGACACAAGCCAGGCAAAACCAACCCAGCAUUGUUCUACAACAUGAACAACGACUCGCGCUCUCUUGUCCAUGGAGACGACUUCUGCGCCCUAGGAGACGAGGAGGCACUGGACGAGCUAGAAAAGACGCUUCGGUCCAAGUGCGAUCUGAAAGUGACUGGAAGCCUCCAGCUUGGGGCCAGGAGUGACCAAGAAGUGGUUUUCUUGAGUCGCAUUUUGCGUGUUGCUGGGUCUCCAGGGGACGAACGCUUCGAGGUUGAAGCAGAUCCCCGCCACGCAGAAAUGAUCGUGGCAGAAAUGGGACUCGCAGGAGAGAGGACGAAAGUUUUGGACACGCCUGGGCUGAAGAAAGAGGAGGCAGAGCACGAGGAGAGAGAAACAUCGCCACUACUCACAGGAGAUGCCGUUAAGCAGUACAGAAGUGUGACGAUGAGAGCAGCUUAUCUUUCUCCAGAUCGUGCAGACAUAGGAGACGCAGUAAAGAACUUGGCAAAAUAUAUGCAAUCACCGAGGCAGGUCGAUGCUGUACGCUUGAAGAGGUUGGCCAGAUACCUCAAGGGACGACCGCGUGUCGUGCAGAAGUUCACCAGAGACAGGAGCACUGCCAACGACGAGGUUGUCAAGAUGUUGAUCAUGGUGGACAGCGACAACGCUGAAGACAAGGUGUCUCGGAGGUCAACCGUUGGCCAAGUUGCCUUCGUAGGCAAGCACGUGGUAAAACACAUGUGCAACAUCCUGCAGGUGAUCGGUCUCUCGUCCGGCGAGAACGAGUACUAUGCCAUAAGCGCAGGUGUUUGUACCGGACUUGGCAUCAAGGGUAUCCUAGAAGACUGGAAUGUCGCGUGCGAGUUGAAGGAUAACAGGGCAGACUUGCUCACCAAGCCGUUUACGAAGAGGGAGAUGGAGGAGCACAUGAAAAGGAUACACCAGGAAUUCCGGGAAGGGCGAGCGCAGUCUGGCCUGCGCCUAUUCUGA